GAGCCGAAAAAGCGCAUGCCGCUCAUACGUUUCCUACUCAACGUUGAGACUCUGAACACUGAAGAGCUUAAGUCGAGCUUCUGCCGAAAAAACCAUGGGCGUGUCUUUCCAUAGAGAAGAGUGCUGCUCGCGGCACGGACUUUUCCUGCUGAUCGAACUGAUCUGUGGGGUCAUCAUAUUCUCCAUCCUAAAGAAUAACAACUUCCAACACUCCGAGCCGAUCUUCUGGCUUCAAUACACCUCUUUCAUGUUCUUCCUGAACUCCUUCUUCCUCAUCCUCUCUGGAGCUCUGACCGGCGAAGGGGUCUCAGGCAGCUUUUACCACAACGUUUACCACUUCUUCGGGCUGGUCCUUUACUGCGGUCUCGCUCUCUGGGCAAUCUCGAAGGAUGGCGCACCAUCGGGCAAGGACCACAAAAAUCAAUAUUGGGCCACCAUGAUCUUGUCUUUCGUCGCCGCUCUCGUACACGGCAUGCACGGAGUUUUCAACUGCCGCGGAUGAACUCCAGAUUUUGAGGUGCAGAAUAUAUAUACGUAAACGUGAAAAUCCGUUCCUGAGCUGCCCGUGAAAGGCGUUCCGACUGGACGUUAUCAGGUGGCUCCUAUCCACGAUCACUCGAAAAAAAAAUGCUCCGAUCACAGUCGGUGUUCUCCCAAUGUAUUUAAUGGCCGGUAAACAAGACAACAAUAAAACUUGAAUCUAGGAA